ACUGUAUCCCCCCAUGGCUACGGGGCCUCGCUAGUUAGAUCUGAGCUGUAAUCAAAGCAGACAGGUCGAACUUUAUUAUCAAACACUCAAUACCAGCUGUAGGACCAGCCACCUCCAACGGACAUCACAUAAGAGGAUGUGAGUUUCAAAAAUCAAAACAGAAAAUCAGAUAAAUUGCAGCUUGAACUGGGCCUGGAGGUUUGACUUGGAGUGUGUGUUUUGGUUUUCCUUUGGAUGUUAAAUUGGAGUUUAACAAUUCUUUUGGUAUUGCUGGUGUGGAGAACUGAAGCUGAUGAUCUGAAAAAGGACUUGGAAACCUGUCAGCCAUUCUGCACAUCCAGUGUCAGCACGCCGCCCUGAAUCUAUCCAGUUGGGAUCCAGAUCCACUGUCGGAGACUCGGUCAGGCAGCAGCACAGACACCCCAGGCUGACUGAAGACGAGGUGGCUUUCUGACCCCUCUGGACCGAAGUGGUUCCAGGAUGGGGAAGACUGGGCAGAGUACAGUGGACUUAAACUCUCCAUCAGAGGUUAAACAAGCAGUCCCCUCUGAGGAAAUGGACCCCAUGGCGCCCCCUACAGAUGAAAAGAAAAACAAGGAUCCACCUGACAGGGGAAGCUGGAAGGGGAAGUUUGAUUUCUUGCUGUCAUGCAUAGGAUAUGCCAUUGGGUUGGGAAAUGUGUGGAGGUUUCCUUAUUUAUGUGGCAAGAAUGGUGGAGGUGCCUUCCUGAUCCCAUACUUGAUGACUCUGGUGUUUGCUGGGAUACCUCUGUUCUUCCUGGAGACGUCUCUGGGACAGUUCACUUCAGUAGGGGGGCUGGGGGUGUGGAAGCUCAUCCCUAUGAUGAAAGGUGUUGGUCUGGCAGCAGUGGUCCUCUCCUUCUGGCUCAACAUCUACUACAUCAUCAUCAUUGCCUGGGCUCUCUAUUACUUAUUCAACUCUUUUGGUUCGGAACUACCUUGGCAAAGUUGUGAUAACCCCUGGAACACAGAGAACUGUUUUUCCAAUUACAGCCUGACAGACACCACUAACCUGACCAGCGCUGUCACUGAGUUUUGGGAGCGUAACAUGCACCAGCUGUCUGGGGGUCUUGAGGAACCAGGGGAACUACGUUGGCCCUUGGUAGGCACCCUGGCGCUGGCAUGGAUUCUUGUCUACUUCUCAAUCUGGAAAGGAGUGGAGUGGACGGGGAAGGUGGUUUAUUUUUCAGCCACCUAUCCUUACUUCAUGCUCUUCAUCCUAUUCUUCCGAGGGGUCACACUUCCAGGAGCCAUAGAUGGGAUCCUUUUCUACAUUACUCCAGACUUCAAUAAACUCAUGCGAUCAGAGGUGUGGCUAGAUGCAGCAACUCAGAUCUUUUUUUCUUACGGGCUGGGCCUGGGCUCACUCAUUGCGCUGGGAAGCUACAAUACAUACAACAAUGAUGUCUACAAGGACUCUAUCAUAGUGUGCUGCAUCAACUCCUGCACUAGCAUGUUUGCUGGGUUUGUCAUCUUUUCCAUUGUAGGCUUCAUGUCUUACAUUACAAAAAAGCCUGUGCAGGAAUUAGCAGCAUCAGGUCCGGGUUUGGCAUUUUUAGCCUAUCCUCAGGCGGUCACCCAGCUUCCCAUGUCCUCCCUAUGGGCCAUCCUGUUUUUCUCCAUGCUUAUGAUGCUGGGUCUGGACAGUCAGUUUUGUACAGUUGAAGGAUUUAUUACAGCUCUAAUGGAUGAGUAUCCCAUGGUGUUGAGGAAGAGGAAGAAGGUCUUCAUCCUCAUUGUUUGUUUCAUCUCAUUCGUCAUUGGCUUCUCCAACAUCACUCAGGGUGGUCUGUACGUGUUCAAGAUGUUUGAUUACUACUCUGCUAGUGGGAUGUGUCUGCUCUUCCUUGUGUUCUUUGAAACAAUCUCCAUAUCCUGGUUUUAUGGAGCUGAAAGAUUUUAUAAGAACAUUGAGGACAUGAUCGGCUAUCGGCCAUGCAUCUGGUGGAAGCUUUGUUGGAUGAUUUUCACUCCUCUGAUCUGCCUGGGAGUGUUCACCUUUAGUGCCAUUGAGAUGACCCCUCUUACCUUGGGGAAUUAUGUGUACCCACUGUGGGGCCAAGUGAUCGGAUGGUUCAUGUCUUUGUCUUCCAUGAUAUUAAUCCCAGGCUAUGUCAUCUACAUGUUCUGCACCAGUAAGGGCAGCAUCAAACAGCGUUGGCGAAAGAUGACAACUGCUCAGCAGGACGAGAAGCCAUCAGGGCAUGAAGAAUUCACACACACGGGGAGCGUGAGCGAAGCUCCUGUCUAGUCAGGAUUGCCCAUGUUGACGUGAUGCGACGGCCAGAACCUAAUGUUCUCCAUGCUGAAAUUUGACAUUUGGGAGGGAGGAGUCUUUCUUUAGAGAAAACCUUCAUUGUUUGAUUCCAAUUUGGAUUGUGCUGAAAGACUUUUGAUCAAUGUAGAGGAUAUAAUAUUUCCUUUAGCAGAAAAAGCUGUGACUGCAUGUUGAUUUUGAUAGUUACAAAAAAAAAAAAUAAGAAUGUGUGUACAAAACCCAGAUAUGUGCUCUUGUGAAUGUAAAUCUUCACUUUUCUUGUAAAUCAAGACUUGUUCACCAUUUUUUGUUUUUGUCCUCAAAUCCACUUAACACUGUUGUACAGAUGAAAUAAACAGUCUGGCAAAACUUGAUUGGAAGCGUAAAUAGUAAGGCCUCAAAGAUUAUUUGCUUGUAUUGCAGCUUAGAGAACCAUCCAGUCACUGUGAUAUACAGUUUGUUUGUUGCAUUAAAUCUAACUUUUAUCCUUUAAGGUCAGUGUUUUUCAUAUUGCAUUUG